UUCAUUUGAAAUCGAAACAGAAAUGUGUCAAGACUGACAGUUGCUUUUAUUCAUAAAUAAAAAAAAGUAUCUGUGCGCACAAAUCUCGGGAAAUUUACAUUGAUUUCGAAAAUUGCAAGUACAUUAACAAUUAGGGAAAAUGGCCCACGCUAAUUUGGAGAAGGGUGAACUGAUUGUUCAAGUGAAGCAGCAAAUCGCGUUGGCCAACGCCCAGGAGAUGUUAUCCAAGAUGACCGAUAAGUGUUUCAAGAAGUGCAUCAAUAAGCCGGGCAAGGCUUUGGAUAAUUCCGAACAGCGUUGCAUAACUCAGUGCAUGGAUCGCUUUCUGGACACCUGGAAUCUCGUCUCCCGCACCUAUGGGAAUCGCCUGCAACGCGAACAGGUGAAGCAGAUGAGCACGGAAAGUGAAUUAAAUUGAUCGAAGGACAUACCCAUAUAUAAAUUCCAUUAAAAUAAAGAAGAAACAGAUUUUAGUUUUGUUUUGUGCUUGAAGCACUUGUUCAAUGUACAA